CACAGACAAACAGCUGGACAAAGGACAAAAAAGACUGACAGAUUGACGGAGACGUCAGUAUAGUUGGACUCCAGUCGACUUCACUUACCUUAACAUCUUUACUUUUCAAAAUGAAACUAACUUACAUACGACCUUGAGCUUCGAAUUUCACAUCAUUUAACUAAGAACCGAAGGUUCUUCGGAGAAGAGAAACAAAGCUGCCUGGGGUUGGAUCACUGAAGAGCACUUGGAGAUAAAGAUCUAAUUAACAGGAGAGUUAGAGAAAUAAAGGCCACCAGAAGACGUGGCGUAGGAGAGCAAGAUGGAGGAACUGAAAGCCAGAGGAAAGAAAAGAGAAGGACGACAUGGAGAUACAUGGGAUCCGUUCCAGCUGAACCCAGUCGGUUCUGAGAAGGAAAGCAAGAGACGAUGUUUCCAGUUGGCCCAGUACCUGGUGGCUGUUUUAGUGGGGAUGGCUGUCAUAACCAGUGCUGUUAUCGCUAAGGGCUCUCUGUUGGUGCUGUCAACAAUGUCCAGUCCACACUCAGGGCGCCCUGCAAAUGAGAAACAGUUCUACAUGCUGAUGUUGGUUUUCUGCCUGGUCUUCCCCAACUUCCUGGUGUUUUUGAAAUCACUGUGGAGGGUCGCCUUCAAGAGCUUCGUCCAGCCCAACAUGAAGACCAUGUCAUUUAUUUGUGCCGUGGAGUGUUUGGUGUCUCUCGGCACUUCGAUCCUGGUGCUCAUCGUCAUGCCUCAGUUUGAUGUGUUGACCAAUCUCUUCAUCAGCGGAGGAGUCUGUAUCGUGUCUGCCAUCCUGCAGAUAGUAUACCGACUACAGCAAGAAACAUGGAAAAUCAUUUUCCCAAUCUGCUCCCUCACUCUCACCAUUACCGGUUACUGCCUCCUGGGGGUCGACUACAUGGUUCGUGUGUCAUCACAUGUGGACAAUCAGAGCGAUGACUGCUACUUCUACAUUGGACUUGGAAUUUUCGCUUCAAUCCUCGUCUCCAUUUGCUGGUGGGAGAAUCCACUGCAGGCUACCAACCGCAUGCAGAAAAAGCUGGCAGAGUUGGACGGUUUCAGGGACUUUGUGUUUGUGAUCAGCAGUAUUCUGAGGAUAAUCGUGAUAGGAGGGGUAUACCUGUUCUACUAUAAAGUUAUCAAAAGUGAAGAUGAUGGAGGCAUCAUAUGGUCGGAUUUCAACCUUAAUGACGGUGUAGUCCUGAAAAUAGGACUGGUGCUGCUUUUCAUGCAGGCCUUCUUCUCAGCUGCCAGCCAUUGGUUUGGUGUGGUGGCCUGUAAGAUUCAUGCAGUCAGGAUGAGUUUUGCACUGCCCGUUUGUUGCACAGGACCUGCAAUCCUGCUGCUGGGACUGCUACUUUUCCUCACUCAGGCAGAAAAAUUAGAUGGAGCAGCGCACGCCAACAUGACAGAGUUUUGUGGAAGCUUGAGUCGUGUGAUUGCUGAGAACGAAACCGCCAUUUUACUGGAACUUACAAGGAGCAUUUGUCGAACUUCACUUGCCAGCUACUACUUCCAAUGGCCUUUUUCAAUGCUGGUUCUGGAAGGAGUGUGUAUGUGGUUGGGCUUCGUCUCAUGCACCUACCACGUAUGGAAGAUCAAGGUCCAGCGUAUCGAGAGAACCUCUCAGCUCUUUGUUCGCCGUCUCUAUGAAUCUGCUUUCAUUGACCUGUCUCUGCUACUCAACACGAAGAUGAAGGUGGCGCGAGCCCAAAACGAAGAGAGCCAAGAUGACAUACAGAACUGUGUGAUCUAUCUUUGUGCCACAAUGUGGCAUGAGACCUACGAUGAGAUGCUGAAGAUUCUCACCUCCAUGUUCAGGUUGGACCGCUAUCGAGGUGAUCCGAAACAGGAUCACAAGGAUUGUUUUGACUUUGAAUGCCACAUUUACGUAGACGAUGCCUUCAUGACCGAAAAGGAGACAGGAAAGAGGCUGGUUAAUACCUACGUCGAUGACUUGAUCCAGGUCGUCAUUGAGGUUUACAGGGUGUUCACCAACAAAGAACCAGAUGACGUGUCGAUCAUCGAGGCUCCCUACGGUGGCAGGCUGAUGUUUGUCAUGCCAGAAGGCAACAUGCUCUAUGUUCACCUCAAAGACAAAGCCCUCAUCAGGAACAAGAAGAGAUGGUCCCAGAUCAUGUAUCUGUAUUACUUACUCGGCUGGAAGGGAUACAUCGUCAAGAACCCUAAGAAGAUCAGUCGCCAGAAUAACCCAUUAAGAGCCAGUUUGGUCUCCUUGGAUGGUGAGAGUUACCUGCUGCCUCAGGAAGACAACGACAACAAGAGACGAUUCAUCUCGGACGACCACACGUACAUCCUGGCUCUGGACGGAGACACCGACUUCCAGCCCAAAGCUGUGAUUCUGCUUGUUGACAGGUUGAGGAUGUAUUACAGUGUAGGCGCAGCAUGUGGAAGAAUCCAUCCCACUGGCAUGGGUCCCAUGGUGUGGUACCAGAAGUUUGAGUAUGCUGUGGGUCACUGGCUGCAGAAGACGGCAGAGCACGUGUUUGGUUCCGUGCUGUGCAGCCCGGGAUGCUUCAGUCUGUUCAGAGGGACAGCCUUAAUGGACGACAAUGUGCUGAAGAGAUACACAACGACCGCAAGCAGAGCUUCGGAAUAUGUGCAGUAUGACCAAGGGGAGGAUCGUUGGCUGUGCACUCUGUUGCUGCAGCAGGGGUGGCGCGUGGAGUACAACGCUGCAUCAGAUGCAUACACCAACUCACCGCAGGAGUUCAAAGAGUUUUACAACCAGAGGAGACGAUGGGGACCAUCCACACUGGCUAAUACCCUGGACCUUCUGCACAGCGGCUUAGAGACAGUGAAGAGAAACUCGUCCAUCUCCAGGCUCUACAUCUUCUACCAGAUGUUCACCGUUGGCUCAUCUAUCCUUGGCCCCGCCUCUGUCACGCUCAUGAUAGCAGGUGCUUUCCAGUUUGUCUUCAAAAUCGCCGGCACAAUUUCCAUCAUCAUCGCGAGCGUUCCUCCCGUCUUCUACAUCAUCGUCUGCUUUGUAACCAAGAGUAACACCCAGAUAACCAUCGCGGCCAUCAUGAGUGUUCUGUACGCGUUCCUCAUGACAGCGUCCUUCUUCUCUAUCAUCGGUGACAUGGUGAUGCAGGGCACCUUCUUGACCCCCACUGGUGUGUUCUUGGUUUCUAUGACAAUCAUGUACCUGGUGACAGCUUUACUACACCCUGAGGAGUUUGGGAUGAUUGUCUACGGUCUGAUGUAUUUCAUCUGCAUCCCCAGUGGAUACCUCCUGCUGACCAUCUACUCACUGGUUAACAUGCACAUUGUGUCCUGGGGCACAAGGGAAACCAACAAGGGAGAAGAAGUGGUGAAGAAGAACACUAAUCUUCUGUGUGAUCGAAACUGUAAACUCUGCUGCUGGGACAUGAGGUUACAGGUAACGCAGGAAACAGAAAAUCUGAUGAUUCAACAGAUCACGAGCCAGAUCGCGCAGCAAGCCCUUCCCCUUGCAAUCACCAACCAGGAGACUACUAAACAAAGAGCAGCAAAGACGGAGCCUCAAGCCAAAGUCGACAAGAGGAUGGAAGCAGAUUUGGACGUGUCGGGAGCCAAGACACCUGACAGUUCAUCCAGUGAUGAACCGGACAGGAAGCCAGUGAUUCGCUUCCAGGAUCAGUCUAGUGAUUCUAGUGACGAAAAUGAUGACAAACAAUCGAGCAUAUCGCGGAGCAUGUACAGUGACGACGACAAUGACUUCAAUGAACUGGAGGAUGCAGAGGAGUUUCCCAUCAGUGACUGGGUGGAGCCUGUGAAAGAAGAGUUCUUGAAGAAGCUGACCUACGCCAACAUGAAAAGAAAUCUACAAGAACAAAUACGAUACGUACUUCGUAACAAAAAUGAGGAUGAAACGUGCGAGGAGCUGGUCGCCUUGUUAACAGACGUCCUUAACAGAGAACUAAGUGGAGACGGGCCUGAGGAUGUUCUGUCAGAAAGCCGGCUGGAGGAGUUACGACAUGCACUGGAAUCCCAGGCUCGCCAUUAUCUCAGGAGCGCGAAAAUGGACAGAUUACUGAAGAGAGUGAAGAGAGCCAUCGAUAAAACACUCACUGCCCCACAAGUGCAAAAACUAGAUGAGGGUGAGCAGGACUUCUGGAUCAAGUUAAUCGAACGCUACUUGAAGCCCAUUGUUGAAACAAAAGCACAUCAGGAGGAGGUCACCAGAGAACUGAAGUCACUGCGCAACAAGGCCGUCUUCCUGUAUUUCAUCGUCAACGUCCUGUGGGUGGUAGCCACUUUCUUCCUGCAGGCCAUCGGAAAUGACAUCAUCAGCAUCAAGAUCCCCAAGUAUAUACCAGGCAAAAAUACUACAGGAGAAUACCUUAAGGUGGAGCCUCUCAGUUUGAUGUUCCUGUUGUCUUUUGCUGUUCUCCUCCUUGUCCAGUUUCUGGCCAUGUUAUAUCACAGGGUGUACACUCUCAUCCACGUGGUGUCAUAUCGCAGCACAGAGAAAGACUACAAAAAGAGAGACGACGAGGAUGAAGAAGACGGCAUGACUUUGGAGAACAUCAUGGCCAAUAAAAUAGAUACAGACGAUGAUGUGGUGAUGUAGUCAGAUAAAACGACCGACGGUAACUGUGAAACCCAACAACCAGCGCACACCAAUCAGGAGCUCUCUUAGCUUAGAGGGCUGGCAUUCAACUACUUCUUUAUCACGGCUUCAGCAACGCAUAACUACUGUACAUUCUAAUGAUCAAAAAGCAGAAGGUUGCCUGUGGACGGGCCAUGUUUUAAUCAGUCACAGAGACAGAAAAUCAUCUCGUCUUCAGCACUCCUCCAGCAGAUGCUUUGCCUCUCGGCUAAAUAGAUUUGAGUACGAUCCAGCUGGGGAGGCAAAAUGGCACAAGGGAAAUUAACCAUAGCAGAUCCAAUAAUCUUUGUUUGACAAUAUAAAAUGAGGAAUUAUGAAGAUGUGAGCUCAGGUUUCUACACAAUGGGAUAUCGAGUAGGAGAGUUUUAAUGACGGUUUUAUUUGAAUGUAUUUGCUCUGAAGGCUUGUAUUUAUUUUAUUUCGAGUGUAAUUGACUGAAGACAGAGGGUGCAUUUCUCAUCGAACAAUGAUUUAGGAGGACUGAUAACCAAAUUUAAAAAGAUUGUGUUCCAACUGGUGUUUGUUCUGUUCUGUUUUCUGCUUGUGUGUCUGUAUUAGAAUCAUGUUUUUGUUUCAGUGAAUUUGGAUGUAUGGAGGCAAAUCAUGUAAUUGAGCUUCUUUUAAUGUUUGAAUGUGUUGCUGUCUCUGCUCACCCCUCCGAGACUUUAUAAAUGCGAUAUUUGCACAUGAAAUAUUGUCAGAAAUAUUUUUACAUUUUAUUUUGAGCUUACAUGUUAUAUUCUAGUUUGAUGUCAUUUACAUGUGUUGACUUUUUAACAUUAUAUAAAGACGUAUCAGUGUAAUUAUGUUUACCAAUUACGUAAACAAAUUGUAUGUAAAACUGAUUUAAUUAAAAUAAAUAUUAAAUUAACACAG